AUGGUCCUCCGCUGGCUGCUGCUUCUAGUGAUAGCUCUGCCCCUGGGCACAACAGGCAUCAAGAAUUGCAUCUUCUGUGAGCUGACCGACUCUGCCACCUGCCCUGGCAUCCCCAUGAGCUGUGGCGACGACGAGGAGUGCUUUCUGGGCCAAGGAACGGCCCCUGACCUUGGCCCCAUCAUCAACAAAGGCUGCAUACAGUCUACUUUGUGUGGCCGCCAGGAGCCCGUCACCUACCAGGGUGUCACCUACAGCCUCACCUCCAAAUGCUGCUAUGACCAACUGUGUAACGGGGCCUCUGUCCCCGCAGGCGGCCGGGUGGCGGGGGCCGCCACGGGCCUGGCGCUGGGCACGCUGCUGCUCCUCCACUGA